CCCAAAUUUUGAAUCUUGCCAGUUCAAACCCAUUUGUCUCUGCCGUAGAAUAUAAUUGAGAGAAGACUGAGCCGAAAAAACAACGCUUUUAACUUUAACCUCUUCUUUCGGUUGCCCGGAGACACUUACACACGAGUACACGACACCCACACAUUGGCAACUGCUUUAUCGAUAAGUUUGUUUGGUUGUUGAACCGUCGGACGCCAGAGACUCAGUUGUCAGGAAAGACCAAACCGAAGUGGUUCUUAUUGUCAGCAGAGGAAUCGUAAGAAACAAGCACCGGCAGCAGUAUGCCGCCAAAGGGGAAGAAGGGCAAAAAAGGCAAAAAAUUGCCAGUACUCAUCGAUGGAGUGGACACCUCGGCGAUGACUCGCGACCAGCUGGAGGCAUUUGCCCUCCGGCUAAAAGCGGAAAUGGAUCGUGAGCGGGAGGAGCGUAACUACUUCCAGUUGGAGCGGGACAAGAUCCGCACUUUCUGGGAGAUCACGCGCCAGCAGCUGGAUGAGACCCGCUACGAGCUGCAGCAGAAGGACAAGGAGAUCGAGGCCACGCAGGACCUGGCGGAUAUCGACACCAAGCAUGUGAUGCAGCAGAUGAAGCAUCUGCAGUUUGAGAACCACAAUAGGCUCGGUGAGGUUCGGGCUGAGGCGAUGACCCAACUGAAGCUGGCGCAGGAGCACCAUGUUCUACAGGAAAACGAGCUUCAGAGGGACAAGCGCCAGUUGCGCCGCAUGCUCCGCGAGAGAAUGGAGAUGAGCGAGAUGCAGCUGCGCCAAAUGGAGGCUCACUUCAACGAGAAGCUGCUAGAACAGCGCAUCACCUUCGAACGCGAGCGCAAAGACAACGAGAUGCUCCACGAGGAGAAAAUGAUCGAGCAGAAGGCCAAGCUAGACCUUUUCUACGGCACACAAAUGUUCGAGGUAGAGGAGCGGAAGAACCAGCAGAUAAAGGACCUGCAGGACCACCACGACCUAGCCUUCAACGACAUGAAGAACUAUUACAACGAUAUCACGCUUAACAACUUGGCGCUGAUUGGCAGCAUGAAGGAGCAGCUAGAGCAUCUGCGCAAGCAGGCCGAGAGAUCCGACAGAAUCGCAGCGGACACGGCAGCUGAGAAUCGGCGGCUGAAGGAGCCUUUGGAGCAUGCCAAUAUCCAGUUGAACGAGUAUCGGCGCAAGCUGGAGUUCUACGAGCGGGAUAAGCAGCAAUUGAGUCGCCUCAAGACGCGCAACACUCGGCUGGAAAAGAAGGUGAAGGGUCUCACUUGGGAGGCGGAAACUCUGAUUCUGCGCAACGACUCUCUGGUGGCGGAACGGGAGGGACUCAAGGAGCGCUUCAACGACGUGAUCGUCGAGCUGCAGCAGAAGACAGGACUGAAGAAUGUUCUUCUGGAGCGCAAGAUCGCCGCAUUGAUGCGCGAGGAUGAGAAGCGCAGCAUCGUCCUUCACGAAACGAUUGCCACCUGCGCCCCCAAUUUCGCCGAAAAGCUAACCAGCCUGGACGAACGGGUGGGCAACAUCAUCGAUGAGAAGAACAAGAUCAUCCUUGACCUGCGCUACGAGGUAACCAAGGCCCGAAAGGCCCACGACGAUCUCCUGGAAACCUACGAGUGCAAGCUCAAGCAGUAUGGUGUGCCCACUGACGAGCUGGGCUUUAAGCCCAUCAGGAGUCGGGACCAACAGAAGCUGUACGUGUGCGGUCCUGCGGGAAUAAUCACCGAGAAUAAGUAGGAGCUGCUGAAGAAAAGUCAAAUUCACAAGUCGGAUCAAGAAAAUAUUUCGAGGCGGGCAAAGACGAGGGUACUUCAACCUAUAACCAGGAGAAACAAAUCUUACUCAAAAACAAAAUGAAGUUAAGGGGAUUAGCUUACAACUCUAGAAGCAAAAAGGCAAAAAAACGAUCGAAUUAUAUUUUUAUCAAUUAGAAAACAAUACCAUGGAUUAAAGAGAGUGGCUAGAUGGAACGCAUUUUACUUGAUGAUCA